AUGAAUAGAAUUAUAAAGCGAUAUAUAACAGGUAACUUAGAAAAGACCUUAUAUGAUGCAUUUGUGGCGGAUACUAGGUCAUUAAAUAAGUCAUCUAAAUUAUAUAGCCCUCAAGAUAUAUUUAAUGGCAAACGCGAAGGUGCACAUAACCCAAAGAUUCACCAAAAGAAUCGUACAAUUACAGAUAAAUGGUUACAAGAUGCUUUGAAUACAAAAGUAGAAACCAAGCUACCUAAAAUUAUAUCAUUACAAUUACCACUUAUAUUAAAAACAUUACAAAGAUUGAGAGCCACGAAUAAUACACAUUUCUAUUUUAAAUUAAUGAAGAAAUUAAAUUCGACCAAGAUCCAUUGGGUAACAACGAGCCAUGCUACAUCUGUUAAUGAAUUCGAAGAUAUCGUACCGCCUGAAUUUUACCACGAAUUAUCGAAUAUGCUCUAUAAACUUAGUUUAAGAAUGAAAUCUUUUAAGAAUGAAGAUGAAAUUGAUGCACUAUCUAAGUUUACAUUAAAAUUAAUUUCUCAAUAUUUGGAAUUAUUGGAAAAAACAAAAUCAAAAACAAAGUGUAAUAGUAGUUUUUGGAGAAAUGUUAUAUCUGUUGUGUUGAAAUCUAAAUCUUUGGUAUACAAGGAGCAGGUAUUGACAUUGAUUGAUAAAUUGAAUGUAGUGUCCGGAGAUGCCAAUCUGUGCGAAAUAUUGAAGGAUUAUACUAAUUUGCAUUUUUAUUUAGAAACGGACCAGUUAUUAAAAUUAGAACAUUAUAUCCAAAGUUGUUUGACUCUAAAUAAACCAGGCAAAUCAAAAAAAACUGAGGAGAUACAAUUAAAGCUGUUUUGUCCAUUACUAGUUCGAACGUUACAAAAGUAUAUUAUGUGCGGGAUGGUGGACUCGUAUGAUCAUUUGGCAAAAUUGAUGGUUUUGGACUACCCUAGCAUCUUAGAUGAGCAUGAUAUUGCGACAAUCGAUAAUUUAUGUGAGAGUAAUGCACUUACUACGCUUUCUACUUACUUGGGAUUAUCUUCUCUAGCUAAUGAAGAUAUAGCUUUCAAUAACUUAAGAGCGUCCCUUUUAAAACAGGAUAUAUCGUUCCUGGACAUAUUACAGAAGUUAAAGGAUAAUAACAUUGAUCCGUAUAGUACCAUGUAUGUAGGAAAAUUGGAUUUUGCAAUAUUUAAAGUCGAAGGUAACAAAUGGCCAAACCUUAAAUAUUGGAAGCAGGAAUUUCCACGCAUAUUAAAUCAUUUCAAAGAAAAUAAAAUGCCUCUUCCAGUUCAAAUAUUCUUUGUAAACACUUUGAUGAAGAAUUUGGUUGGUGAUAGAUAUGUUGGUUAUGUCAUUGAUGUACUACAAAUGCUUUACGUCGACUUUAAAUUUGAUCUCCCUCUUGGUGAUUGCCAGAAAGAUUGUGCAAUGACUACAACUGGGUAUCAUCCUUUAUUUAAAAUGGUGGAAUAUGGUACCAGCGCCAUCAUGUGCUCAUUUGAACUGUUUGAACAUAUGCUUAAACUCAAAAAAAGAGGGCAAUUUGAAUUCUUCCCAGAGGACUUUAGUUAUCUUUUGACUAUUGCUGGUCGCUUAAAUGAUAAUAUGUUAUUUAACUAUUACUUUAUGAAAUAUCUAGAACUAUAUGGACACCAAAGCUAUGAUGUGAAAACAAAAUUAUGGAGCCUCCCAGAUAGAUUAUUAUGGAUUACUGGAGAGAAUUUUAAAUUUGGGAUCAGUGAAGAAUCAUUGAAAACUAUUGAAAAUAUGUAUAUUGAAAAUGGUGGCAAACAACUGACUCGUGAUAGUGGGGAGAGAGUUUUUAAAUUGUUUUAUAAUAAAGAUGAUCAAACCACAGAUGAUGGUAAUAAAAAUCGUGCAGAUUCAUUUAAAUAUAAAUUACAAGAUGUUUUGCGUAAUAAAAAUUUAACUGAGGAGGGAUAUUCUGCACAAACAGAUUUCUACUACGCAGAUCUAUUAGUUAGCUUGUUAGAGUACAUGGAAACAGCCCAUAAUCCAACGUCAAGAGACUAG